UGGAAAAGGAGCUUUAUAGCUUAUCGGAUUCCUCCAGCAUAAAUAUUCUGAUUUUGAAGAUCCUCCCUGGGCCAAUCUUGUAAAAUAGCUUCAGGCUUCAGGCUGAAUGUUUCCUACCGGCGUAAACAAAUAAAAUGAGUGAUUAAAAAGUAUUUCGAUGUAUUCGGUUACACAGACGUGGGCAGGUUUUUUAUUUGGCCACAUUUUCGUUAUCGGCUGGCUUGUUGCUUUGAGUCAUUCUUUGACACGGUAAAUUGAUUGCCCCGCAAAAGAACGCCACUGGUGUUCUCUCUGUACAGGGAGCUGAAAUGAGACGGAUAACUCGCGUUAUGGUCAGGUGGCACGGACAUUCUGACAGUGUCGUCCAAAAAAAUACGUGUGUGCCGCAAACAAGUGCCCACACCGGCGCCUUUUAUUACGCACGUCGCAUGCCGUUUAAAACCCCAGAGCAGAAGCCACGGAAAGCCCCGUGCUCUGUGUAGGAAGCGGAAACGGCAGCCGUCGCAGACGAUAGCUGCACCCUCAGGAAACGCACACACACACACAUCCUGUGGAACAGUGGUGGCAAGGGGUGCGUGAGCUUCACACGAAGUGAGACUGCUGUCGCCACUGCUCUGUGACGGGCCCGGCAUGCGCGCUGUGUGCUUCGACGUGGAAAGAGAGAGGCAGUUUGUUUCGGGAGACUUGGCCCACACAAACACACACGCGCGCAAACUCAACCCCUUUCGGUCAUCUGGGCCAAAAUUCCAACAGACCAACUGCUAAAAAGUUGUUGCGCAAAUUUUUUCUCUCUCCCCCCCCCCCUCUUGUCGGGGAGUAUUUUGGCCGCCAAACGGAUGGGGGGAGCCGUGGGGAGCUGGCGCGUGGUGGAACAGAGAGAGCCGGCAGAUUUUGAUCACUAAAUAGACAGCGGCACCUGCGUCUUCCAUAAUUUACCCAGGAGCGGUCGCGCAUUUUGAUCGCAGUCCACGGCGCUGCACAAUGAGCAAGGAGCUCGCCCGGGCAUGGAGCGCCGACUGCGAGCCGCUCGGAACUUUGCCCGAGGUCAGCGUCUUGCAGGUGGCCCCGGAGGAUGAGAAGGACGAGGGCGAUGAGGACGUCAAGAGGCUCCACAACUUGGCGUACACAGUGGCCACGCUGCCGCGCAAUCAUAAAACCAAGAGUGUGAUCACCCGUUGGAAAAACACAUACCAUGGAUUAGCAGAAUCUACAAGGCGUACAAUCACCAUCGAGAAGGAGGAUGACGAAUCAUACGGAUUCGAGCUGCAGACUUACGGGCUGCGCAACCGAGUGGUCAGUGAGCUGGAGAUGUGCACCUAUGUCUUCAAGGUGAAGGAAGAGGGCCCUGCAGAGCGCGCUGGCAUGAAAGCAGGUGACAUCCUCAUCACCAUCAAUGACUCAAACGUGGAAGGAAUUCCUCAUAAGCAAAUUGUAGACAUCAUCCGAGAAGCUGGGAAUUGUUUAAGGAUUGAAGUUGAGUUUGGAACAAUGGCCAGAAGAAUGGAGCUGCAAACGCGCCUUCAGUACCUCAAGCAAACAAUGCAUGAAAAGUGUAAGGAGUUACGGUCACUCCUCCAGCAGGAGCAACGACUGGUCCACGGCCUCGUGGCGGAGGACGACAGCAUGUUCGAGACGCUGAGCACAUUGUACAGCCUCAACCCGCCGCUCUGCAGAAGCAAGCGCGCUGGCCCCCUGCUCUCCAGUAUGAGCAGCCUGCCCAGCAAUUGGGCCGUGAUCGCCGAGGACUCGGACGAGGCCGUCUACACCACGUGCUUGUACGGCGGCCUCCAGGACGGCGGCGCCGGCAAGGAUGGUGCAGGGGCAGCCGCGGCAAUAGCAGGGUUGAGCUUCCUGGACCAGGGCAGUCACAAUCUGCGCAUGUGCCGCAGUGAAAUGGACCUCCAGCAGGUGCAGAGCCAAAGCCUGGCCGGCAGCAUGAGCACACUCCCACGCAAAGGCAAGAAGUCUUCCCUCCGUAGGAGCCUCCGCCGCUUCAUCCCAGGACUCAAUAAGACUCUGGAGGAGGAACAAACUCCCUUUUGAAGGUCACUGGCUAUGGCAUACCUGUGAAGUGUGUAAGCUGGUGCAACUGGACUCGGGCCCAUGGGCCGGAGGGGACCAGGCACCAGGCUAUGAAGAGGAGGGGAAAUUGAACAGGGGGCCCUAUUUUUUACGUCUUGCACCAGGGCCCAUGGUCAAUGGACAGUCUUUAAAUAUAAAGGAUAUUACUGUUUCAGGAAAACUUUCCUUAAAUGAAAAAUGCCUUUGCCUUAAAAUGUUUGGCACAUUUUUUUACGCCAUGGGUGGUUUUUUUUUUUUUACGAAAUAGAAAACUAUUUUCUUAUGCCUAUAUUAUUAACGUUGAUUAAAGUACUUACAUUUAUAAACGUACAAUUUGCGUGCCCAAAUUUUUAAUAUUAAGACUUUUACGUGCGCUUUUAUCGUUACAUUGAACAGGUGCUGUUACCCUGGUGCCUUAUGUGCGUACAGUGCCAUUAAAAUGUGAGCGACAA